ACCACUAUAAGUAUGGUGCAUGUACUUGCCAUCCACCUACAACCAUCGAGAUAAUCUCCAAGUAAAUUAUCUUCAAGUUUCUCCAUUGCUAUCUCUCAAACCCCACUUCUGCAGGUGUCUUUCUUCUCUUCUUUCCAAGAUUUUCUUGUCAAUUAUGGCUCCACAUGGAGAAGCUAUUGCUAGCACUUACACGAAGACCAACAGCUUCUCCAAGCCACCAAGACUCUCCAUCGACAACAAUCUCCAUCGAACAAUAUCUGACAUCUCAUAUGAGCUGAGCAAGGAAGCCAUAGAUAUCAAGCAGCUCCCGACGAUAUCAGAGGUUGAAGAUGCAAAAUGCGAGUGUUGUGGCAUGAGUGAAGAGUGCACACCCGAGUACAUUGAUCGCGUUCGCAACAAGUUCUUAGGGAAAUGGAUUUGUGGGUUGUGUGCAGAGGCAGUGAAGGAAGAAAAAGAGAAAAAUGGAGGCAAAAUAGAGGAGGCUCUUAAUGCACAUAUGAAUGCAUGUGCAAGGUUUAACAAGCUUGGCAGGGCUUAUCCAGUACUGUUCCAAGCUGAAGCCAUGAGGGAGAUGUUGAAGAAAAGCACAAGAAGGGGACAAUCUAUUAGUCCAAAAGGUGCCCAAAAGAAUGGAGGGAUUGCCAGGAGUUCAAGCUGCAUUGCAGCUAUUACAAGGGACAUGGAUAAUCUCACUAUAGCCAAUUGAGUUGCCAAAAGGCUUCUCCAUGUGUUUUGAAUCUCCUCAUCUCUCAGAAAUAUGAAUCCUUAUUAACUUAUUUGAUUAUUGCCUUCCUUGAGUAUCCCCCUUAAGGUCUUGCAUCAUGACUUCAUUUCGCAUGGACUAACCUUUUUGGUUACCUUUGAAAGGUUUUUUGGGUUGAUCCAUACUUGUUUAAUCCCUUUCAACUGAGGGGCGUUUUAGUUUCUCCCCUUGGUUGUCCUUGUUUCCACCUUUCGCUUAUAUAUUUAACUUGGUUUUUCUAGGUGGGUCUAAAAUCAGCUUCCUUUACCCUUUUGUUCAUCUUACAUGACUAAAGAUUAAUCACUCUGUAGGGUCUCUGUCUCCUCUCCUUGGUAGGUAUGUCAAGAAGUCUCCGCUGUAGUUCUUUCUGCCACUUUCUGGUGUGAACUAUAAACUUUCUCUGAGUAGCAGUUGUUUGUAUUGGGAAAACGCAGCAAAUAUCCGAUUGUCUUUGUCUGUAAUGACAAGGCUUUAGUUAUUAGUCGUUCCAUACAUAUUCAACUUACUGUAUCUUCAAAAAUCUAUCAUAUAUGGAUUGAUUAAAUAAAUUAUGCUGCUGCUUUGAAUU